GCUAAGCGUCUCAACGGGCAAACAUUCAAAGACCGUACGGUCCAUGCUAAAUUCCAGAUACCCACCGGCCGCGGGAAUGGACCCUUCAGCGUCACCCUGGAGGGCCUCCUUCCUUUACUCCCCGCCGAUAAAGUGAACUUGAAAUCAUUCACCCAGGCAAGCCAUAUCGCAUUCGGCCAACCAUCCUAUAUCAAACACGUCGCAAUCGACCGUAUCCGUGACCUCCUCACAGGGUACGGUCACCUCGACUCCUUCGACGUCAUGCCCCUCUCCUCCAAAGCCACAAAAAUGACAGCAUGGGUCCAAUUCUCCGCUGCAGAGGACGCCGCCCGAGCCGUCGACAAAGUACACCAGACACGUCAAGAGUUCCUUCGCAACGGGCCGUUGUGGUUGGAACAGAUUCAUACCGUCAAGUACCUCCUCCCCCGUGCACAAUUCAUCGUCCUACGUGACGAUUUGGAUCGGUUACGAGCUACGACGGAUGGAUGUUGCCAGUUGCGGUACUAUGACCAAGGGGAAGGAGGAGUUCCGGUCGAUCCUGUUUGCGUUCGCGUUUAUGGUCCCGAUGCGAAGUCUCUCAGUUGGACGAAACGAGCACUGGAAAAGGCUGUUCAAGGUCACAGG